AUGAGACUCCCUCUGAAGUCGGAGAAGAAGGCCCUCCUAGGAAGCAGUCUACCCCACGCGCGCUCAGCUCUCGUUUCUAUGCAGCGACGAAUGCGCUCUGACCUCGUUUUACGCGACAGUUACUGCCAGUUCAUGGAGGAGUAUGAGCAGUUAGAUCAUAUGAGAGCACUGACCGCCGAGGAAAUUCGAGAGGACUCAGGAACAGUAUUCUACAUCCCACACCACGGCAUCUGGCAGCGUAGCGACAGAAAAAACAAACUAAGAGUAGUUUUUAAUGCCUCUCGCGACACCUCUACAGGUCUCAGUCUCAAUGACUCACUCCAUUCGGGCCCAAAGUUCCAAGGACAUAUAGCGACGAUCAUCACACGCUGGCGAAGACACCGAUAUGUUUUUUGUGCAGAUGUUCAAAAAAUGUUUCGACAGAUCUUAAUGGAUAAGAGAGACUGUCAUCUUCAGCGUAUCGUCUGGAGCCCAUCAUCCGACUUGCCAGCUAAACAUUUCGUUCUCAGGACUGUCACCUACGGCACGGCUUGCGCCCCCUAUCUCGCACUUCGCACCCUGCAGCAACUCGGCGAGAACGAAGGACAUCGGUUUCCACUGGCCCGCGAAUUACUUAAGAGAGACCUUUACAUGGAUGAUUUUUUGAGUGGUAGCCAUGACCUCGAGACAGCAAGGAGCCUUAGAGAUCAGCUUAUCGGUCUGCUUAGGGCGGGCGGCUUUCAUCUACGCAAGUGGGUGGCCAACGAGCCUGGACUGCUUGAAGACAUACCCGCUGAGGACCGCUUACGGGCAGACUGGGUUCAACUCUCUACCGAUGGACCAGUGUGCGAAUUAGGCGUCAUUUGGGAUCCAGUGACGGAUCGUUUCAAGUUUCGCCCUGGAGUCGUUGAUCCGCCUCCAAGUCUUACCAAGAGAACUGCUCUGGCAGAGCACGCUGCCUUUUUUGACCCAGCAGGUUGGUUGACCCCGCUGACUCUCGUGGCCAAGAUACAUAAUAUAUUACGCCAUAAUAGAUUACGCCAUAAUACAAGAUCUUUGGAGAUCGAAAUUCGAUUGGGACGAGAAACUCGUGAUAUUGCUGCUGUCGUUUACGUCAGAGCCACCCACAGUGAUGGCAAAAUCACUACCACCAUCCUAGAAGCGAAGUCAAAGCUGGCUCCAGUCAAGAGUCUGCUCCCUACCACAGAGAGACGAGCGCGGAUGACCAUUCCGAGACUCGAGCUUCGCGCCACCUUGAUCGCUGCGAUGCUGCUGAAGAACGCCGCCAGCGCACUGUCAGUGCCGCCAAUGAGCUGCCAUCUCUGGAGUGACUCGCAAGUUGCUCUUCAUUGGCUCCGGUCGGACGAGCCCGUGGGACAUGACAUCAUCGACAAUUAUGUGUCUCACGUGCAGGAGAUUUCCACGGGCGUCACGUUUCAUCACGUCCCCACUAGCUGUACCCCAGCCGACGUCGCAUCGCGCGGCACAGACUCCACUAAACUCGCACUGCACCCAAUCUGGUGGCAUGGCCCAGACUGGUUGACACAACCAGCAAGCGAGUGGCCACUCGAGGUCAACGACACCGACCGCCUGGAGUGCCAGCAUGGCAGUCACGUGUCUUGUGCAACGGUGCAGAUUGAGGACGAGUCACUGCAUUCUGAGAAGAGUCACAUCGAUCGAUUCUCCACGCUCGACGGCCUAUUACGAGCUACCACGCGUAUCAUUCGACUUCUGAGACGGCGAGAGACUGCAUUACCAAUGUCACCGAUCACAGCAGCCGAGUUCCGCCAGGCUUUCAUCGCUUGCGCCAGGAUUACUCAACGUCACGUCUUCUCCGAGGAGCUCGCUCAGCUGAGCCGAGGCUACCAACUGAAGAGCUGCAGUCAGACGAAAACUCUCGAGCCAUUCCUUGACAACGACGGAGUAAUUCGAGUAGGCGGCCGACUUGACCGCUCCUCAUUGCCGUACGACGAGCGGCACCCAAUCCUUCUUCCAGGACCAGCGCACCUCGCCCAGUUAGUCAUCCGGUGGGCACACGAACGCAGUCUUCACGGCGGUUUCAGGGCCACCUACGCUCGAGCCCUGCAAAAGGCAUGGAUUACCGGGGCGAAGGAGGCGGGGGUGAAGUCGAUGAAGCGGCACCUCCAGCGAGUUGCUUCACCUCGACGUCUCACCUACGAAGAGUUCGCCACGCUCCUCGUAGCAGUUAAAGCCACUCUCAACAGCCGUCCUCUUGUUCUACCAUCAGGCGAUCUAGGUGACCUUGACGCACUCACACCCAGUCAUUUUUUAAUCGGGACUUCUGCCACGUCUUAUCCCGAGCCUAUCUCUGUCAACGGAAAAUUGGAUCAAGUCAGUCACUGGGCGCUCAUUCAAGCCAUGAGAGGACAUUUCUGGUCCCGUUGGAGCCGAGAGUAUUUAAAUACCCUCAUCCAGCGGCCCAAGUGGAGGAAGCCUCAGCCUAAUCUACAGGUCGGGGAUUUUGUCGUUAUCGCAGAUCCCUCAUUACUUUGUCCAGAUGGCCGCUGGCCACUUGGUAGGAUCACUGCUGUACACCCGGGGCCAGACGGUACGGUUCGUACCGCCACCAUCACCACAGCUUCAGGAGAGUACGUCCGACCCGUCGUCAAGAUCGCCAGACUGCCCAUUCCGAAUACAGAAGGCCAGCUCAGCAAAGGAAGCGAUUCUUUUUAG